AGUCAGCCAAUGGGAAAUGGCCGUCUGAAAGCAAAGUAACCUCUGCGAGUGUGUAUGCGUGUCAUGUUUUUGGUUGUCAAAAAUGGUUCAAGCCGGUUCGAAAAAGUCACAAAUUACAAGAAUAAAUAGUAAAACAGGAAUAAACAGUCUGAUCAUUUUCGUAGUUCUGUUACUAGCAUGGAUAGCCGGCUUCUCAUCCCGCCUGUUCGCGGUUAUAAGAUUUGAAAGUAUAAUUCACGAAUUCGAUCCAUGGUUCAACUACAGAGCAACCGCCUAUAUGGUAAAACAUGGUUUUUACAACUUUUUGAAUUGGUUCGAUGAGCGAGCAUGGUACCCUUUGGGGCGCAUUGUGGGAGGCACGGUGUACCCAGGCCUCAUGAUCACUUCCGGAAGCAUACACUACGUUUUGCAUUUGCUGAACAUAAAUGUACAUAUACGUGACAUUUGUGUGUUCUUGGCACCAAUAUUCAGCGGUCUGACGGCCAUUUCGACUUACUUCCUGACCAAAGAAUUGUGGUCAGCAGGUGCUGGCCUUUUUGCAGCGUGUUUUAUUGCCAUUGUGCCUGGUUACAUCAGUCGUUCUGUCGCUGGAAGUUAUGACAACGAAGGAAUCGCCAUUUUUGCCCUACAGUUUACUUAUUUCCUUUGGAUUAAGUCUGUUAAGACUGGAUCCGUGUUUUGGGCCGUCGCUGCGGCGUUAUCUUAUUUCUACAUGGUGUCCGCUUGGGGAGGUUACGUAUUCAUAAUCAACUUGAUCCCCCUUCACGUGUUUGUAUUACUAUUGAUGGGACGCUUUUCAAACAGACUUUUCACUAGUUAUACGACUUUCUAUAUUCUUGGAUUAAUUUGCUCGAUGCAAAUUCCGUUCGUUGGUUUUCAACCCAUCCGUACCAGUGAACACAUGGCUGCAUCUGGCGUUUUCGCUCUAUUAUUUGCCGUAGCAACCCUCAAGUACCUGCAAUCGAUUCUGUCCAAAUCAGAAUUUAAAUCUUUAGUUAUAUUCGGAGGCUUAGUCUCUGCUGGUAUAGUUUUCCUGACGGUUGUUGGGUUGACGUACGCUGGAUACGUCGCACCAUGGAGUGGAAGAUUUUACUCUCUGUGGGACACUGGGUAUGCUAAAAUUCACAUACCCAUCAUAGCAUCCGUGUCUGAGCAUCAACCCACCACAUGGUUUUCGUUUUUCUUCGAUUUACACAUCCUAGUGGCGACUUUCCCCGCCGGUUUGUGGUACUGCAUCAAGAACGUAAAUGACGAGAGAGUUUUUGUGAUUCUGUAUGCUUUGAGUGCUGUGUAUUUCGCCGGAGUGAUGGUACGACUAAUGCUAACCUUGACACCUGUAGUAUGUAUACUGAGUGGUGUCGCGUUUUCCGGUUUACUUGAGCUGUUUUUGCGCGAAGACGACACCCCUAGAAACGAAGAUAGUGAAGACGAGGACCAAUCACCUCCUAAUAGUAGACGAUUAUACGAUAAGGCUGUUGCUGGACGUGUGCCAAAAAUGAAACAUGAACAAAACAAGGAAUCUGAUGGAAUCGGUCCUAAUAUACGUAGCAUUGUUACUGUAGUAAUUAUGUUGUUACUGAUGUUGUUCGCAGUACAUUGUACAUGGGUUACAAGCAACGCGUACUCAAGCCCUAGCAUUGUUCUGGCUUCUUAUAGUAGCGACGGAUCCAGGCAGAUCUUGGACGACUUCAGGGAGGCGUACUUUUGGUUGUCGCAGAAUACCGCAGAUGACGCGAGGGUUAUGAGUUGGUGGGAUUAUGGAUAUCAGAUAGCUGGGAUGGCUAACCGGACUACACUGGUUGACAAUAAUACGUGGAAUAAUAGUCACAUAGCACUGGUAGGCAAAGCUAUGUCGUCCAAUGAAACUGCCGCUUACGAGAUUAUGACUGCUUUGGAUGUUGAUUAUGUGCUUGUUAUUUUCGGUGGUGUGAUUGGGUACUCGGGGGAUGACAUCAACAAGUUUUUGUGGAUGGUGAGAAUCGCAGAAGGCGAGCAUCCAAAAGACAUCCGGGAAAGUGACUAUUUCACCGAACAUGGCGAAUUUCGAGUAGAUGCAGAGGGCGCUCCUACCCUUCUAAACUCAUUAAUGUACAAAUUGAGUUACUAUCGUUUCGGAGAAUUGAAACUGGAUUACCGUACACCGGCUGGGUUUGAUCGAACACGCAAUGCUGUUAUCGGCAAUAAAGACUUCCAACUCACUUACCUGGAAGAAGCAUAUACGACUGAGCAUUGGCUGGUGCGGAUAUACAGGGUGAAAAAGCCUGAUGAAUUUAAUCGACCUCGAAUCCCGGUAGCAAACAGGGUGGUCAAGUCUCAGAAUUUCGUCUCGAAGAAGAGCUCCAAACGUAAAAAGGGUACGAUAAAAAAUAAACCUGUAAUCGUAAAAGGUAAGAGACUGUCUACAAAGCAGGUGUAAAAUAGUGUGCAGAAGAUUAACGAAUCAGUUUAAUUGUUGUUAGUUAUUGUUUAAUAUCACGUUUGGUUGAACAUACAUUUUUGUUACUGUGUAUGAAAUAUUUUAGUUGACGUUCAGGAAGUUCUUCUGCUGUAAAUUGAGAGGUUAUCUUUUCACUAUGUGAUAAUUGAUAAUUGUGUAAAAUAAAGGUAAUAAAUCUUUUUGCACUGUA